ACAAUCUGGCAUUGAUGUUUUCAUCAAAUCUGUUCAAGUGAUUUGAUUUCCAAUCUUCCUGGCUUUGUUUCUACUCAAUAAGACAAGUUGAUGGGGCUAGGCUUGAUACUAGUCCUGUAGCCAUCACCGACACGGUGUCCUCUUAGAUUAGGAGCGAAGCUGGACGUUGAGUUUCUCAGAGAAAAACAGAAAUAGGUUUUUUCCAUUUAUUUUAGUGUUUUGCUAACGAUGUACUAGUGGAAAUGGCGUCCACCGCACCAGCAGUAAACAGUGGGAUAGCAGAGGGUACGGAUGAGAAGGAUGCACCAGGAAGCUCGCAUUUCGAUGCCCUCGUCACUGAACUUGAAUCUAGCGAAGGCCAACUGGGUGCAACAUUGAGAGCUGUGUACGAUGAGUCCAAACAGGGAGCUUUCCUUCAGCACCUGGAGGCUCGCAUUCGACAGCAUGACAAGGACAUUGAGCGCAUGUGUAACCAUCACUAUCAGGGAUUCAUCGAAUCUGUCAAUGAGCUCUUGAAAGUCGGCUCUGAUGCGCGCAAACUAAAAGUGAAAAUUUUGUCGGCCAACGAUGAUUUCCAAGAAGCAGGUAGUAAACUGGUCAAGAAUGGCGAUGAGCUAAUUGCUUUGCGCAUCAUCCAGCGUAAUAUUGCAGCUGCGAUGGAGAGCUUGACAUUCUGUCGACCCGUUUUGGAGCUCUAUGCCAAGCUGAGAGAGCAGAUGAAAGAGAGAAGGUACUAUCCUGCUCUGAAGACUUUGGAGCAGCUGGAACACACAUACCUACCUCGUGUCAGCCGCUACACCAUCAAUCAAAUGAUGAAAGCCCGUAUUCCAAAGCUUCGGGAUAGCAUCAAGGAGGCAUCUAUGACAGAUCUGCGGCAUUUCUUAGAAGAGGUACGGUCGAAAUCAGAGAGCAUCGGCAAGCUGGCCAUGCAACAGACUCAUUACCGUGCGAAUUUGGAGCUGUCGCGUCGCGGAGCAUCAGAGCCCAACAGAAAAUUACCAGAUGUGGAUCUGGACAAGUCGGUGCAAGAUAUGGUCGACUUCUCUCCCAUCUAUCGGUGCUUGCAUAUCUUCACUGUGCUGGGUGAGCGGGAGACCUUUGAAGCGUACUAUCAUCGGCAGCGCUGGCACCAAGCUCGACUAGUACUGGAGUUUCCUGGAAACCAGGUAUCAAUGGCACUAUACCGCUCGUACUUCUACCAGGUCGCUGGGUUCUUUGUCGUUGAAGACACCGUCCACAGCACUACGCAAGGAUUGAUCACAAAGAAAACGGUGAAUGAAUUAUGGGAGCUGGCUGUAUCAAAGAUUGCCUCUGCAUUGCGGACGCACACGUCACUGUUCAACGAAGUACAAAUGAUUCGCUCCAUCAAGGAACUCGUUGUGCAUUUCUGCUGCACGUUGCAGUCAUUUGACUUCCAAGUCAAUCAACUGUAUGAUCUUCUUCUUGAAACAAGAGAGCAAUACUGUGAACUGCUCAUGCGCACAUGGUACACAGUUAUCAAGUCAAUAUUUGAAGUUGAUAACUACUCGCCGAUCGUCUUGCGAAGCGAGAAUGAGGCCAAGGGAUUAGCCAGGAGCUUUCCCUUGUCUGACUAUGAAGUUUCGACGUUUCCGGCAGUACUGCCCUUCUCAGAGUUUGUUCCAAGUGUCUAUGAUCAGAUCAGAGAAUUCAUCCACUCCUGUGCUGGCUUUGCAGAGAAUCUGAACUUGAGCUUGACGGAAACCGAUGACAUGGUACGAAAGUCAACGAAUCUUCUCCUUACACGCACUGUGUCAGCUUGCCUGGGUGAGCAAAUUCACGAUUCUAGGCUCAGCUUGGCACAGCUUGUUCAGAUCUCAGUCAACACCACGUACUUAGAGAAGGCCUGUGAAGGACUUAGCACAUUCAUUGCGGACGUCACUGGUGUAUCAAGUGAUACGUCUAUGCUGCCACGCAUCUACGGUGUGUCCAGCUUCAAGGAUGCUCGUGCUGAUGCUGAAGACAUGAUCUACACCAAGCUGCAAGCCCAGUUGGAUCAGUUCUACGAGCUUGCUGAUUACAAGUGGAUGGCACCGGAAAAGGCAUUUCCAUCAGACCCAGUCCCAAGCCAGUACAUACAGGACAUGGUCUCCUUCCUUCGCAAUACAUUCAUCAGCCUAACAACUUUACCGGAGCAUGUUGCCAUGACAGCAUGUAUGACAUCGUGCAAGCACAUUGCGCGCACGUUGAUGGCUUUGCUGGUGGACGAAACUGGCUCAUUCAACAUGACUGGUCUCAACCAGUUCAGCUCAGAUAUUGGACACUGUGAAGGUUUUGCUGGUGAAUGUCCUGUGAAGGGAUUCACUGGGGACCAGCUGGUGUCUGCUUUCAGUCCUGUCCGACAGAUCGUGGCCUUGUUCCAGUCAAUGGACUGGUCUGGUUACAUUGCUGACUACGGCACAGACAAGACCAAGUACCCGCAGGUGCGACCAAGUCAAGUCGCGAAGGUGCUCAGCAGGUACCGUGAGAAGGAGCAGAAGAAGGGCCUGCUGGGCAGCUUCCGCGGCUCUGAUCGCGACCGGCGUCGACUCUUGGAAACGUUUGUGAAGCGACUGUGGGAGAUUGAUGCCGAGGGGAGAGACUGAGUUCUCCGGAUUGCCUGGACAUGCUCGCUCUCCUUGCUCACUACUUCAGCAGCCCAACAGGUACUGCUUGUUGUUGUUCACCUUUGGAAUGGUCCACAUAAAUCGUGUAUGUACAUAGCACAAGUAUUAUCACUACCUGCCUCGUCAUAGUGCAUUCUAUCUGAUCUGAUAUACGUGUCAUCUAUUUUAGUCAUUACUCUUCAUGAGGUACCAGCUUAUUGCAAAUUAUCUCUGCUGCCCUGCUUUCCUGCUGCUUGUUGAAGUUGCUCCCGUUGUGCGCAUCUGUUCCACCUGUCCUGCUGUUGUACAUACACCAUCGCCAUUUCUACAUAGUCACCGGGUGUCAUACUGGUACAUGUACUGCGACCGAUGCCCAUUUUCAUUAACCGUGUCCUGUCUUGAUUUGUGUUUCGACUCUCGUCCCCCCCCCCAUCCAAUUUUGUCCAUAACAGCGCUGCGCUUGCUGGCAUGUGUAGGAUCGCAAAGCUUGACUUAUUCUGUGCACUGUUUACAAAUGUUGCAUGGACUGUAUAGCAAAUUAUCGAGCUGUUUCAUCAUGUUUGCCAACGCCACCUAGUCUCUAGUAUAGGUUCACAAUUUCUUGAUCAAGUAAUCUUCUAUUGUUUCAUGUUAUCCUUUUUCUUUCCCUUUCUUGUUCGUUUCUUGAUGAUUGUCUUUCCAUGUCGGCCGAGUCCCGUUGGGCGGUCUUAGUAGUGUGUUGUGAAUUUCAAUUAUUGUUAUCACGUCACGAUGUCUGGUACAAUGUCUGAUACUAGCACAAACACAGCUCUAUUUUAUUGAUUUCCAACAAUGUAGCCAAGAGCAUUAUUACCCCUCUUGCUGUAGUUCUGUCAGUCUUAUCAUUUCUCAAUCCCCCUUCCCCUCGAGCUCUUCUAUUCGUCCGCGUUUUGAGCAAAAAAAGAAGAAAUCGUGACCUAAUCCCUGA